AUGUCUCCCCUUCCUGCUCGCCUUCUCCUCACGCUGCUGCAGCUUGCAGUUCUUCCUCUCGUCCACGGAGGGGCGUACUACGGCCGCAAGCAGCACCCGCAGCACCCGCAGCACCACCAACCCCUACAACACCACCAGCAGAUGGGCAUGGGCAAAGAGGGCUUCCCCGUGCAGCAGUACAUGAGCAAAGAGAUGCCCUACCAUCAAUACCCCCACUACAGGAAGGAAUUGCCCCAGAUACCCACGCACAUGGGCAAGGAGAACGCCCGGAAAGGUGGUGGUUAUAAUGGUGGACACGACAAAGGUCUGACUAUCCCUCGUGGUGCUGAGGGAAUUCCCCAAGGGGACCCAGGCCCAGCUGGGCCUCCUGGACCAGAUGGGCCUGCCGGACCUCCGGGACCACCAGGGAGUGGACAGCCAGGACCCAUCGGCCGACCAGGCCCUCCUGGUUCACCAGGAGGGCCUGGUGUGGGCAAAUUAGGUUUACCAGGACUCCCAGGCAAGCCAGGAGGAAAUGGUGAUCCAGGACUGCCAGGAGAAAUUGGCCCUAGUGGUGCUGAGGGACCGAUUGGACAGCCAGGCCCUCAGGGUCCCCCUGGUCCACCUGGGCUCCCAGGAGUAGGUAAACCAGGGGGACAGGGACUCCCUGGCCAGCCAGGACCCAAGGGCGAGCCUGGUCACAAAGGCCUGCCAGGGUUGCCAGGUCUGCCAGGACCCAAAGGAGACAAAGGAACAGGCCAACCUGGACAGCCUGGUCACAAAGGGCUCCCAGGCCCACCAGGACCUCCUGGCCCAGGAGGGCAACCGGGCAUCGGCAAACCUGGGUUGAAUGGGGUGCCAGGACCACAAGGACCACCAGGGAAGCCUGGCCCCCCUGGAGAGCAAGGACCAGCUGGGCCACCUGGUGAAGGCGGUGAACCUGGCCCACCAGGUCUACCGGGUCAGGGAAAACAAGGUCCAACCGGCUUGCCAGGACAACCAGGAAUGCCAGGUGGGAAAGGUCAGCCAGGACCCCCUGGUUUGCCAGGCAAGCCAGGACUGCCCGGGUUAGCUAAACCAGGGUUCCCAGGACCAAAGGGUGAUAAGGGUAUAAAUGGCCCGCCUGGGGCCCCAGGGCCCAAAGGAGAGAAAGGUCAUGGAGGACUGCCUGGUAUGCUUGGACCCCCAGGACCAAAUGGCCCACCAGGCCCACCAGGCCCUAUGGGAUCUCCUGGAGGUGUUGGUGCGCCUGGUCCAAAAGGAGAAAAUGGAGAAGGAGGGCCCAAAGGUCGUGAUGGAGCCAAGGGUGAGCCUGGUCCUCCUGGGCUUCCUGGUAAGGAUGGUCUUCCGGGAGAGGGUGGAGAGCCAGGACCAAGAGGUCCACCAGGUUCCAUCGGUGCAAAAGGAGAGAAUGGCCACAAAGGUUUACCAGGUCCCCCAGGCCCUUCAGGACUGCCUGGGCCAAAGGGACAAAGUGGAUUACCCGGUGAGGGUGGGCCCCAAGGUCCUAAAGGAAUUCCAGGUUUGGAUGGUGCAGCAGGACCAGUUGGAGCUCCUGGUCUACCUGGGCCCAAGGGAGAAGGUGGCUCACCUGGUUUACCUGGCACUGCAGGAGAUGGGAGACCAGGUCUUCCUGGUCCAGUAGGACCCCCAGGAAAGGAAGGCCCAGCAGGGCCACCUGGACAGCCAGGUCAGCCUGGACUUCCUGGACCCCCUGGUUUACCUGGCACAAUUGCUCUCCCCCCGGACAUGGCUGGAGUCCUUCCUGAGAUGGGCCCUGGAUUAGACGGUGUUAAGGCUGGUGUAUAUGGCAAGAAGGGAAAGUAUGGUGGUAAUGGGGCAGAAGUAAUGGGUGCCAGUGGUUUGGAAAUGCCAGCUUUCACAGCUGUGGUGACCACACCAUUUCCCCCUGUUGGUAGUCCUGUUGUCUUCGAUAAGCUCCUGUACAAUGGUCGUCAAAACUAUAACCCACUGACAGGUGUGUUCACUUGUGACAUGCCUGGCAUUUACUACUUUGCUUACCAUGUUCACUGCAAAGGAGCAAAUGUGUGGGUGGCCUUGAUGAGAAACAAUGAGCCAGUGAGUUAUACAUACGAUGAAUACAAGAAGGGCUUCCUAGAUCAAGCAUCAGGGAGUGCAGUAUUACCUCUACAGCCUGGAGAUACCGUUCAUAUCCAGCUGCCCUCAGAUCAAGCCGCAGGACUUUAUGCUGGCCAGUAUGUACAUUCCUCCUUCUCAGGGUUUUUGUUGUACCCUAUGUGA